AUGAGGAACCCGCCGGUGACACUGACCGUGCUGCUGCUGCUGCUGCUGCUGGGGCCGGUGGCACGGGCUGCCCCCAGGGCGGGGGGGCACAGGCCCGAGCCCCCCCUGGCCACGCUCCUGGAUGUGAAUCCCGACCCGCUGAGCCCGGAGCUGCCGCUGCUGCCGCUGCUGCGGGGCGCGGUGCGGAGCCUGGGGCUGCCGGAGCGGGACGUGGAGGCCAUGCCACGGGAGCAGGCCCUGCUCUACCUCGUCGUGCUCCAUGACCACGACCGGAGCGGGCACCUGGACGGGCUGGAGCUGCUGCAGCUGCUGGGCACGGUGCUGGCACAGGCCGGGGGGCGGCCGGACCCCGACACGGUGGCUGCUCUGGUGGACCGAGCCCUGGCGAGGCAGGACCGCAAUGGGGACGGGCUGCUGGACCCCCACGAGCUGCUGGCACCUGAGCGGGGACCCCCGGGGCAGCCCCCCCUGGAGCCUCGGGCAGGGUCUGAGGCUGUGCCCGAGGAGGGCACGGAGAUGCUCAGGGGGCACCUGGGGGUGAGCGGCCCAGGGCAGGCAGCCCCUGAGACUGGAGCUGCCCAGGCUGGAGCCCCUGAGGAUGGAGGCACGGAGGGGGACGAAGCCCCCGAGGUGGAACCCCCCAGUGCUGAGGCUGUGGAGGCAGAAGAAGCCCCCGAGGCUGAAGCCCACGAUAGUGAUGCCUCUGAGGAAGAGGAAGCCCCUGAGGCUGAAGCCCUUGAGGGGGAGGAAGCCCCAGCGUGGAGGGACUCUGGGGAGGGGUAGAUGGUGGGGGGCUGUGGGCAGGGCUGAGUGGGGCGACGCCCUGGCUGCUUCCUGACCUGCUCGGGGCACAGAGUGGCGGGGGGUCCCUGUGCCCCCCACCCUGCAUCCGGGCUGGGGGGCUGGGGCACUGUGGUCGUGUGGUCUCCCCUGUAACGCAUCAGACAGAGAAAUAGAGGCUGCUGGUGGCCUUGGCC